AUGAAGACUGUUCUAAUCUUAUCUGUUGUUGCUGUCGUCGUUUCAGCAGAAGCGCCUCUUUCUAAAAGUUACCUGCCCCCACCUCCAGGAGGUCGCGUUGGUUACAAUCAAGCAGCACUAUCGGGCCCCGCUUUUCAACCCGGGUCUGCUCCACAAAUUAUUGCAGCUAGAAACUUGGACAUCCCAGGAGUAACUAAUGGGUUUGAAAGAAGCGGUUCCCAUGGCCAAACAGUAGCCAGGUUCACUGCAAACCAAGAACAUGGAUAUAAUCCAGGUAGCCCUCUAUCCAGAAAUGGUUUGGAAGGAACAGGCGAACCAGCGAACUACAAUUUUGGAUACAUGGUGAAUGACGUCAUUGAAGGAACGGAUUUCGGCCAUCGUGAGGAGCGUCAAGAGGAAAUAGCACAAGGAGAAUACCAUGUUGUGUUGCCAGAUGGCAGAAAACAGACCGUAAGUUACAAGGCAGAUGAACGCGGCUUUAAACCUCAAAUUUCCUAUAGAGAAACAGAAGAUCUCAGCGGAGGUUACGAUGCAAACGCCAACAGUCGUAGUCAUGACAACGGCUUCAGCGGCCAUGACAGCAGCUUCGGUAGCCAUGGCAACGGAUAUAAUGGUGGGAAUGGUAACCAUGGCAACGCUCGUAACGGUUACUAA